AUUCAUGCGAUGUCUUAUCAACAUCCAAUUAUUGUUGGGGUGGAACUCACCAUGAAAGGUGUAGCGAGAGUCACCACGCAGCCCACAAAGAAGAGAAUCCUUCCACAGGAUAGACCCAAGGCAGAGACAAAGAGGCCUUCAGGUGUAUAAAACAGCUCUCUCCGUCAUCAUGUCUUACUUGCUAUUUGGCACAAGAUACAUAUGAUCAUAAAUCAUCCAUGUUGUCAGGUAUAAAUCUCUUUUGUUUGCCAAAGAUUCUCCAUCACUCAACUCUAACGUACCCUGAAAUUUCUGACUUCCAACUCCAACAAUCACAUGGAACCAUCCAAGCACGCAACCAACGAGCCGAGGAUUCCUUCAGUCGAGCCAAACAACACAGAGGCAUCAUCAUCCAGCGCUGCAUCCCAGACAUCUGCUCCACCGACAGCACACUCAGUGUGCGAGGCAACGUCAAGCUCGGACACGUCUCCGGUGGAAAGUAGACCUCCAUCCAAACGAGAGUCUGCAACAGCAGACCCAGCACCGCCCUGCCCCCAAUUCAACCCGGAAGACUGGAGCGCCCCAAUCGCCCACACCUACACCGGCACCACGGUCCUCAGCUUCCCCGACGACAUGCACACCGUCACCAGCCAGGGCGCGCGAUUCCUCACCCACAUCUACACCUGCCCCGUCGGCGACCUCGACUGGGACAAAGCCAUCGCCAACAUGCUACAAUGGUGUAGUUUCGAACAACACCGCCGUGCCCCCUCCUCGCAAGGCCACCCCCCACCAAUCCACGGCCUCCUCAAAUGCGCCCCCAUCAUCCAGGCAAAUUCGUCCGCUACCAACCGGCCCGGAAAUCCCAGUUCCACAUCCCGCACGACCUCCGCGAACUCCCGGAGCUUUAUCACGGGAUCAUCCAGGACGAGGAGCCCGAUGACUCGGUGGAGGAUGUGCCGAACCUCUCGUGGCUGUUUGUCGAGCAGUACGCGCCCAAGAAGUGGCGGUGGUAUUUGAAUCGGCGGGCUGUGUGGGAGGCGACCAGGCCGAGGCUGUCGGAGGAGCAGAUGGAGAUUUGGUGAGGUGAGGGUCGCUUAGUGGACUUUCUGGUAGGUGGUAGGUAGGUCGUGUUUGUUGUUUCGAGGCUAGUUUGAGCAUAGCUUGAUAACUAUUGUUAAGAUCUAAUGUUGAUAUCGGAU